AUGAAGAAGCUGAAAUGUUCUUGUCAAAAGUACGUAAAUAAAGGUACAAAACAGACCUUUAAUACCGCAACAAUUGAGUAUGAUAAUAAGAUAUAUGCAUUUGGAGGACGUCAGGAAGAUGGUAUUAUCGAGCGGAACAUCGUUUCUUUCGACAAAGAUACGUUAAAUUUUGAUAUUGAAAAUAAUCCGGCCUUGCCUUUGUUAGAUGGUGCUACAGCAGCUUCAACCAGCGAUGCUCACUUUAUUUUUGGCGGUGCCUCCCUCGGUAACGAUAAGCAGUUGUGGAUAUGGGAGCCCAACAUUUGCGGGUUAUCAGCAUCUUCAGUGGAUAAUGUGAAAGUUUAUGACCAAAACCCAGGCUGUCUGAGUAAUCAUUCAUUAGUUUCGUAUGAAGACACUUUGGUUGUUUUUGGAGGUUUUGACGAAUCGUACGGUCCUUCCAAUGCGAUAUGGAUUUUGCCAACCAAAACAAGUUCAGGCUUUCGUAAUAACCGUUCAGAUGGUCGAAAGGCACUGCAGUGGGCUAAUAAGACGAAAUAUUUGAUUGAAGAAACAAAAGUGUGGUCGAAAGUACAUAUUGAAUCUGAAGGUCAUCCACAACCUCGUUAUGGUCACGCUUGUUGCGCUUCCAACGACUUGAUGUUUAUUUAUGGGGGAUUAGACUCGUCAGAUAACCUGCUUUCUGAUUUAUGGCUAUAUUCUUUUAAAUUCUCAAUCUGGACUUCUGUGAUAAUUGAAGACUUUCUGCAGCCUGGGCCGUGUGCGUUCGCACAGCUGCAUUUCUGGAACUUGAAUGAAACGGAACUGGAGGAAGCAGUAUUGUUUCACAAAUGUAAAAUGAUUGCUUGCAAUUUUUUCGUUAACGAAGCAUUUGAUCCCGAUUUUCCAGUAUCUGGUGAACAAGAAGAUCUUUCGUACCUGAAAGGCACCUCUGAUGACCUUCGCAAACUUGAAGGACCAGAUUCAUUCGGGGCACAAACUCCCGCCUGUAUUUCUAACUGUGUGCAGAAAAAUUUUAGUUCUUACCGAGAUGAAGCUGUAGUUGGGUCUCUACUGUUAUUUGGCGGAAAGUUAAGUUCCCGUAGUCCUAAACCUGAACUUUCAGUGUGGAAAUUAACUGUGACUUUAGAGAAUGAAACCUGA